UAAAAGUAUUUUCUAAUGAGAAAUGAAAAUUCUAACCUACAAAUCCUACUGUGAUUCUUUUCUAUAUCAAACAGUUCUUCCACUUGAUAUCCGUAAUUCAGUAAGCAAAUGCGCCAUUUAAAGUUAAAAAAGUUUUGUAAAAAUUAAUAUAGAUCAGGAUAUUUUUAAAAAUCGUAUAAAUAUUAAAAAUAAAAGAACAUUUCUUAAAUAGAAUGUUAUAAAUUGUAUAUGAAUACAUAUGUUGAAUCUAUUAUCUAUAUAUACCUACAUCACUGUCAAAUAGAGAUUAUUUCUUAAUUUUACUACUAUAAAAUGACUACAGCUUGGGAAGAAUUUUAUGCUAAAACUCCAAAACCAUCAAAUCUAGAUGAAAAUGAAAAGCUAUUAAAUCAGUUUAUUGCAUUUCAUGCUAAGGAAAAUACAAAAGUAGUUUUAGUAACAAGUGGAGGUACAACAGUUCCAUUAGAACACAAUACAGUGCGCUUUGUUGACAAUUUCAGUGCAGGAAGUCGAGGUUCAAUUUCUGCAGAGAAUUUUUUGCAACGUCACUAUGCUGUCAUUUUUAUGUAUAGAGUUAAAUCUCUGGAGCCUUUUUCAAGGCACUUUGUUGGAAGUAGAUUGUUAGAUAUGUUAGAAUUGACCACAACAAAUGAUACUCCAUCAGUAUCAGUCACACCACAAUAUGUGAAUAAGAUAUCUGAUAUUUUGAAAAAAUAUAAAGAUUCGUUAAAUCAGAACAUGCUUUUAAGUAUCAGCUUUACAACUCUUUCUGAAUAUCUUUGGCUUCUGCGAAGUGCUUGCCAAGCACUAACUGUUUUGGAAAAUAGAGCUAUGUUAUAUUUAGCUGCUGCUGUAUCUGAUUUCUAUAUUCCUUCCAAUGAAAUGGCUACCCACAAAAUUCCGUCAGAUGAACCUCCUUCAGUUCAUCUUAAAUUAGUUCCCAAAGUAUUAGAACCUCUUGUUAAAUUGUGGGUUCCAAAAGCUUUUGUGAUAUCAUUCAAACUUGAAACAGAUGAAAGUAUUUUAAUUUCCAAAGCAAGAGGUGCUUUGAGAAAAUAUAGUCACAGUCUUGUAAUAGCAAAUAUGUUACAAAAUCGCAGAGAGCAAGUUGUUAUUGUUAGCAAAGAUAAUCAAGAAACAUUAUCACUAACAAGCAAACAGCUUCAAAAUGGAGAAGAAAUUGAAAAGUAUAUAGUAGAUUAUCUUGUUGAGAAGCAUAAGGACUGGUUAGACACAAAACUGUGAUAAAUAAUAGACUUGAACAAAAAUAAAAGGAAAUAUGUGGAAAUAGAAAAUUACAAUGAUUUUUUUAUUAUGCAAAUCAAGUUUUGGUUGUGGUAUGUUUAUAAAUUUUAUAAAUGCAAUGUUAUAUAAAUAUUAACAAUAUUUUGAAUACACAAAAUAACGAAAUAAAAUAAUUUUUGUAUGUA